AUGGACAAGUUCAUCGAUGGGCGCUUCGAGCGCCUGGAAAAGGCACUGACGAGCCUCAUCGACUCCGUCACCAAGUAUCAUCCAUCCAUGAACCUCGCCGAGGAAGUCGUGGCUGCGGAUGCGGAACUAACAAAGGGCCUCGAGCAGGUGCAAACCCACCAAAAUAAUCACCUCCGAAUACUCGAGUUGCGGGAAGCCUCAGCCAGCCUCGACACUCAAAUACGGGACACCCUAACCAGCCUUGCCAACGCUCGCCGAGAUAUUGUCAACACGCAUACUACGAAGUUUCCCUCCGCCCCCAACUACCCCAUCGCGUACGAAGAGCUGCUCAGCUAUGCGCGGCGCAUUAGCAAGACAACAAUGCCGCCUGCGGGCACGAUAAACGCGUCUGUUGCCCCAUCAGGGCUGCAGAGUCCCACCGUUGGCGAAUCUCAAUCCCAGGCUGUAACGCCCGCGCCGACAACUCCCGCCGCCGGCGCGACACCAGGCGCCGCUACGACGCCCGCCACCACCACGCCGCUGCCGACGCAAAGUCCCGCCGCCGUCAACGGCGUUGGUGGCGGGGCGCAGCACCCCCACGCGCCGCAGCAAGGAGGCUCCUCCUCCGGCCCCUCGCUGCUGACGAGCCUGCCGGAGCCCAUGGCACAGUACCUGAACCCGCUCUCGGGCCAGGUCUUCUUCCCGUGGCCGCUGGAGGACAAGAUCCGGUCCGGGUCGCUCGCGGCCAACCAGGUCCUCGUCGAGAAAGGCAUAGACCCGCGCGGCUUCGACCCCGUCGCGGAGGAGGAGCGCAAGAGGAGGGAGGAGGCGGAGCGCAAGGAGCGCGAGGAGCGCGAGGCCCGGGAGCAGCAGGAGCGCGACAGGCUCAUGCGCGAGGAGAGGGAGCGGGCGCGGCUGGAGCGCGAGCGUCAGCGCGAGAAGGAGCAGGAGGAGUGGCGCAGGGCAAGCGUCGUGGCGGGCACGGCGGACGCGCCGGGGGCGGCGGCGCCCAAGGCACCGGAAAAGAAGCAGUUCCAGUUCACUAACCUGGACGAUCUGGACGAUGAUGACGACGAUGACUAG